AUGAAAUUGUUUAUCAUCUUAGCCGCUGUUGCUUUGGCUCAAGCCGCCAAAUUGGACAGGACCUACCUCCCACCUAACGCAGAUGCCUCUGAUGGAUCUGCCUUCCUUCAAACUCCUCGUCAGUCUCACGGAUUCCAGGGUCAAACUGGUGCCUUCUCAUCCAACUCCAACGCCCAGAGUGGAGCUUACUCAGGCUUUGAAGCCCGUCCCGUAGAGCGCGCUCAGGCUGCCUUCGAGAGGAACGCUGCUAUCCUUCGUCAGGACAAUUCCAAUGAUGGCGAGAGUUACGCGUAUGCUUAUGAGACUGAGAACGGUAUCUCCGCAGAGGAGAACGGAGUGGCGACCAACGGAGUGCAGGCUCAGGGUGGAUACUCCUACACCGGGGAUGAUGGCAAGGUCUACUCUGUGAGAUACACCGCUGAUGAGAACGGUUUCCAACCUCAAGGUGACCAUCUCCCCACUCCUCACCCCAUCCCUGAAGAGAUCCUGAAGGCUCUUGAACAGAACGCUCGCGAUGAAGCUGCUGGUAUCUUUGACGACGGAUCUUACAACGAGGCUAAAUACAGUCGCGACUCUCAGCAAACUUACUACGAUAACAACGCCCAAGCCAUCAACUUCGACAACACUGACGCUGUUGUUGUCAACAAUCAGAGGAGUGGUGUGCAACAACCCGCAUUCAACAGUAAUGCUCUUAGUGCUGCCCAAAUUUCCAGCUCUGCUGCUGGAGUCCAGAAAGCGUACCUCCCCCCCUUCGCGCAGAAGGCUGCAGCGAGACAAUCCUCCUUCGAUGCUAGACCCGGCUACCGUUACUAG